AUGGACCCGACUGGCGCGUCUCCUGCUGCUGCCCCGAUUACGGGGGCUGCACGUGCGCCGAAGUUCGAGCUCGAUGAUGCGUGCUAUCUGAAAUCAAAUCCCUCGGUGGUGGGAGCCGUCCAUAAAACACACCAUGAUAUCAAUACUCAUGAACCGCCAGACGACUACCUGGUUGUCUCAUACACAGCCAUCUCGGGGGACGUCUUGGCUGGGUUCUUGGAGACCGGCGUGCCUCCCAAAGGGUACGUUUUCGUUGGUUUCGCAAAAUUUUCCCAGGGGUUUUCUCUCGUUCACGAGGAUGACCUUGAACUGAUCGACCGGCCGAUUGAGAUUGGCGAGGUUGUCAAACGUCAUCCGGACGACACGAUGACCGGCAUGGUCAUAAGCGCGUCUGCCAAGUGCACCCUGGAACCGAUCGCCUUCCGUCCACACGACCCGUCAAUAGGAGAUUUCGGCUCGCUCGAAUUUACAGAGCAACGCGCCGGGAACAGCUCCAAAGAGGGCGCCCCACGCCCCCUUCUACUGCACGACAUUCCCCUAGAUGAACUCGUGGACCAUGAACUGUAUACCGAAGGCGACUUUAUAAUGUGCCAGCAAAAAUUGGGCAUAAUACGGCACGUCGAAAGAGACGCUAUCAUGUGCGUUGAAAACAAGCCCGUAUGGAUCGUAAAUCCCAGUGUUCUGGAGAUUCCGGUGAGGUUCGAAGACAAAGGUCUCAUAUGGAUGCCCAAGCACCAACCGUCAGAAACCUGGGAUGCGCUGGAGUAUUUUUUCGAGUAUGAUUACGUGUGCGCUGGCCAAUGCGUGAGGACCCCGGCCAAGAACAUGCGCGUAAUUGACAGCGUCCAUGGCUUGACAGCGGACUUUGAUCUCGAGCCGUUUGGCCACGUUCUGGCCACCCCGCCAACGGAGUUUGAGAUUGAGUGGGUUGCUCCGAAUGUAUUUGGUAUGCCAGCGACAAACGUCCACCAAGACAUGGAAAGACUCCGCGCAUCUGCAGUACUCGGAAAGGCACAGAAGUGCGAUUUCGGACUGGUCCCCACGGGGAGUGCGGUCAAAUCCGAUACUUGGAUCAAGAUUGGAGACCGGGUUCGGUUCCGGCGUCCGGCCGAGGCCGCGCAGAAGUAUCCCUCCUAUCAUCCUAUCCCUACCGCAGAGUCCUUUGGCUAUGAUCUGAACGUGUUUCGAGUCACUUCUUCAAUGACAGAGUUAACAGUCCGAUGGCAGGAUGGAAGCAUCACCACUGAAAAUUCUAUAUCCGUACGUAGGUUCUACGGGUUUAAUGAUGACGUCGCGGUUGGUGAGCUUGUCGUCCUGAAAGAUGGAAUUGAGGAACUUCCACCGCUGGAAUCGAACCCUCGGUUCCCAUUCUUUCAGUCAUUGACUGGCCAUAUGAAGGAAACCCUGCGGGCACGGACCGUUGGCGUAGUGCAGGCUGUUGAUAGCCGAGAACAGAUAGCUUCUGUCCGCUGGUAUAAACAACCAGAUGUUGACCUGCUGCACGGUGGGCAGCUGCUAAGACCGGGCUCUUGCCUUGGGGAGCUUGAUGAGACGGUCAGCCAAGUAUCCCUCUACGAAAUAAGCACGCAUGCCUGCCUGAGCAGGGUCCCUGGCGAUCUAGUGCUUCUGCCUCCUAGCACGGUUCCUCGGGCCACUCUAGGAACGCUACAAUUCCAGGACGAACCCAGAAUCGCCGGGUCUGGUAAUUUCAGCUACCUGUCUCCGAUAGAAUUCGUGCACAGAUGCUAUUACUUCGAGCUCAUGAAAAAGGAUAUGGUUAACACUGAAUGGUUCAAAAGCACGACCACCAUUGACGAUAGUCCUCUCCCGUCGCGAUAUAGUUUCCAUCAGGAUGGAAACUUCAACAGAGCUUCCGGAAGCUUCGUGGCACAGAUUGUUUCGACGGAUACCAGUGGCGUUAUCACUGUCCGACUGGCCGGCUCGGAAUGCCGUGACAUCUGUAUCCCUUUCGAGAAAAUCAUGAUGGUCAUUGACGAUACAGAAGUUCUCCCCCCGCCGCUUUCCCCCGCCGAGCUACUUCAAAUGGGAGCACUUAACCCGUGGGACAUGCAAAACGAUCCCUCGCUACAGGCGACGUAUGAAUAUGAAGGCGGAGAGCGCCUUGACGAGGGCGAGGAAGACGAGUGGCUAACGGAAGAUGACGCAGACGACAUGAACGAUGCCCCCCUUGUACAAGGAGAUCACAUUGCCCCUGACGUGGCAGAGAUCAGGCUUCCUGACCACGCCGACGUCGAAAUGAGUGAGGUUGAUCCAGAUGAUACAGAGGACAGAGACACAGUUGCCCAGGAUCGGGAAACGCCGGAUGCCUCGCCAUUAACUCCAUCUGCAAGCCCUCCGGGGUUUCUCAUGCUGGAGGGUCUCCCUCCUUCGGACCACCACUUCAUUUCCGAAGACGCCACCGGCGCUUCAGGGCCGCGCAUCAAGCGGAUCCGAAAAGAGCUCCAGAUCCUCGGCACAUCGUUGCCGCCUGGAAUCUUUGUGCGAACGUGGGAGUCGCGAAUGGACCUUCUACGGAUUCUUAUCAUCGGCCCCCAGGGGACGCCGUAUGAGUAUACGCCUAUCCUGAUCGACCUGCAUUUUUCGCCCGACUUCCCCCACAAGCCGCCGGCCACCUUCUUCCACUCGUGGACCAAUGGACAGGGACGAAUCAACCCGAACCUGUACGAGAACGGCAAGAUCUGCCUCAGUAUCCUGGGGACGUGGCCCACGCAGAAUCCGGAGGAGCAGUGGUCUCCGUCCAAGUCCACUGUCCUGCAGGUCCUGGUUUCGAUCAUGGGGCUGGUCCUGGUGAAAGACCCCUUCUACAAUGAGGCCGGCUACGAAGCCUUCGCCGCGGAGGGCGAUCGGCGCGUGGAGUCGACGCAAUACACGGAGCGGACGUUUCUGAUGACGCGCAAGUUCAUCAAACACGCCCUGGAGCACCCGAUUCCGGGGCUGGAGGACGUGCUAACAUGGAACUAUCUUCCCAACCCGGCGGACUCGAGUGAUGGCAGCCGGCCUUGGCUGCUACGUCGCGCGAUCGAGGCGGCUCUAAGGAUGAUCGAGCACUACAACAACAACUCGGGUGGGGAUGGCGACGACAGCCGGGCGUCUGCGUUUGUUUCGCGCCUGAGUCUCGGAGCGGUGGUGAUGCUCCGGAAGCACAUCACUGAUCUGGAGAAGAUGGAGGCAUCCCUGACAUCUCAGGCCUGCUGAUGUUAUACCCGGCGUAGGGAUCUGGUCAGAUGUAGAGAAGGAUUUAUUUGCAUGGCUUUGGUGUAGUAGCUUGAUCUGAUGGCUUUUCUUCGGGGCGAAUCUUUAGACAUCAUG